CAAUACCUAAAAUGAAUUAUUUCAGACAAUGAAAACGAAGAUUCAUCCAAAGCGACAUAAAGGGAAUUUUCUAUUUCUUCUUUUCAAAAACAAACUAAUAAAGAGGGAAGCGGAGAGAAAAACAUCGACAGAAGAUUUUGGAUUUGGUGAGCCUGUGGAUUUUCCCGACUUCCUGUUGUUGGCUCUGGUAGGAUUAGGAUUUGGUAAUAAAUAUAUGGCAUCCACAAUUUAAAAGCGAAUUCCGAACCCCAUACUCCAAGACAAACCCUAUCCACAACACCAAUCUCCUUCUCUGCUCUACCGAAACUUCACUUCUCUUCGUUACCCCCUGCUACCUAGACGAAGAAGAAGAAUCAGAGCAAAAAUGUCGAGAAAAGGAGGGGCGAUACUCGCCAAGGAUGCCCCGUGGAGGGUUUCAGCAGAGAAGCCCAUCCCUAAAAUCCAUCACUCCCCUCUUCUUCGUCUUCCCCAAUCUCCUCAUACCAAUUACGCCCUCUCCAUCAUGAAGCUCCCAGACCCCAUUGGUAGUGGCUUAGCAACGGAAGCCAUCGUGGAAGCUGCAGGCCCGGAAUGCAUCGUUCCUGGCCAGAUAACGCCUGUUCAAUUACUGGGUGUCAAGGUGUGGCCUAUCGAAGUUGAUCUUAAAUUCUUGGAACCAGUUGGAAAGCAAAUGAAGUCACUUGGGAAGUUCAUGGAUGGUGCUGUCAACCUCAUGAAUAAUUCCUUCAUAGAUCGGUAGUGGCUCCAGAUUUUGUGGCACAUUAAGUGUAUGUUGGGAAUUGCCAUGGCCACUAGAGGAGAGCGAAAGCAUAGCAAUGCACGGUAACUGUAGAUAAAAGGUGCUUUUUCUCCCGAGAUCAAUCUCAGAAGAAGUAAUGAGUUUUGUUUUGGAACUUGACAUAAAAAGAUACCUUUGUUAUGCUCCUUCGGCUAUGUAAGUUGUGUUAUACACAUUUCCCUUGUUAAGUAUAAGUACAGUGACCUGUUAUUUACUUAAAUAGUAGCAAAUCUUGCUUAUUUUAUUGAUUUACAUGUAUCACAUAUAUUCUUGUAGAUGAGAACAUGUUAAAUUAUUGGAAAAGAAGCCACCUUGGUGAAAAA